AUUGAACACAUUCCACCGGUUUUGAAUAAACACAUGCUUAACACUGGGGAUGGGGAUUUGUUUACAACAUAACAACCCUCAUUUUUCAGUUUUGUUUUGGUACACAAUUCUAUAGGUAUCCUGCGACAUCCCAUUCUCUCUAACAUCAUAAUGUCAACAGAGCCAUUCAAAAGCACUAAGAGAAGAUUGAAAUUGUACUCUGCACAAAGUAAAAUCAGUGUCUGGUCGGCUUCAUUGCCUUAAAGGGCUCUGAAAAGAACGCGUUAUACAUAUUUCCAUAUUUUGAUUAGUGACUUUUCGAGUGGUAAAUGGAGACAGUGAUUGAAGGAAAAUAAUAUUAAAUCCAAGAACACACAAUUAUGGCUGACUCCGGAGAUAGACGCUAUCAGAAACUUCCACCUGGAUGGGAUUGUAAAUAUGACCAGGAAACCGGAAAUUGCUAUUAUAUAAAUUAUAUCACAAAAGCGAUGCAACUUCAUGAUCCACGUUAUCGACUUCUACAAAAUGAAAGAUGCUCAUCUGAAUCCAUAGCAAUGCAGUCCUUACAUGGAUCUGGGGGAUCACCAUAUCACGUCUACCCAAGCAACAAUAUGCCAGUUAUACGUGCAUUCCAAACACCGAAUUCUAGUCUUCAAUAUAUGUCUACCAGUCCAUUAUUGCCAUCUUCCAGAACCCACUUGAUAAAUGAUAUGUCCCCUUUACCUGCACAAAAAUAUCAAAUUCCACAAGCUCCUCGUACUGUGAAUUUAUCGCGACGUUCGACUAUACAGGAAACAUCGUUUUCAAAUCAAAUUGAUACUGAUGCUGUCGUAAAAAAAAUUCAAAAUAUGUUUCCCACAGCGAGUGAAAAUCACAUACGGUUACUUUUAAAAAAAUAUUAUAAUCGAGAAGCUGUUGUUAUAAGUGCUUUGCAGGUGGAAAAGCAUCCAGUUACAAUGCCAGGACCACAUGUUACACCACCAGGACAGAGACAUUUGUUUCACAGCAAUUCUUCCAUCCAUAUGACCCCACCAGUUCGGCGCUUUGAUACUGGUUCACAUUUACGCGGCCUAGAAAUGGGCAACAGCUAUUCACGCACAGCGAGUCCAGUACCACAGGGUCGUCUUGGUAGUGCAAUGAGUGUUAAUAGUGGUAACAUAGUUCCACUUGUACUACCACCAUUCCACGGAUCCCCAUGUUUAGGUGAACAUGUCCGAAACUCACCAAAACCGCAUUCAUCUCCCAAAAUGAAAUUAAGAUAUAUGAAAAUGAUUUUUCCGAAAGCAGACGAGACAUUGCUUUUAGAUGUAUUAGCUAAUGCUGAUAAUAAUGUUCAAAAAGCAUCUGAAAAAAUAAUAUCCUUGGGUUAUACUAAAAAGGAAUUUGUUCCGAAUCAAAAAUCGAUACAAAAUCCUGUGGAUCAGUCAGGUUUCGAUGAACAAAAUCGAGCUACUCAAGCUGUUACUACCAUACCACUACGUCCAAAAGAAUAUACAGAAGAUGAAAAAUUGGCAAUAAAAGAGAGACUUCAAGGAACAUAUCCACAUAUUGUGGAAUAUGUAAUACUUAUGGCGCUUGAAUCAGUAAAUUACGUGGAAGAUCGGGCCAGACAAAUACUACAAAUUGUUCACGACGAAGAACAGGAACGUGCUAUGAGUCAAAUAUACUCUUCUCGUGGUUUGACUGAACUUGAUAAUGUAUCUGCCCCCAAGGCAGAUGUCAGAGACGGCACUUGUCUCUCACAUGUAUCUAGCCGUUCAAAGAAAAGCGACCUUAAAGAUAAAACAGCAGGUAUUUCAUCAACCACAAAGGAUGCUUUAGGUACCGAGGUGACGAAUGCCGCAGCGUCUAGAGAAAAUGAUGAUAAUUUAAUAUUAAGUCUCAACUUGAAUCUGUCAGCUGUUACCAUGGAGACGAAGAGUAUCUUAGACCGUUAUCGUUUGAGUUUCAAUACUAGUUCUAGCCAUUACAUUCGUGGAACAUGUGCAUCAACAAAAUUUUGGGAUAAACUGUCCCCACAAUCACGAGAUAAAUCCGAUUCGUUAAAGAAUUCUCAUCGCGAAUGUAUUAAUCCCUCUGAAGAUAAACUUUGCAAAGAGUUUAAGUCUUUAAUGGGACGCAUUCAAACUAAUGGACCCAAUAGCAGUUUGGCAAAAGGAGCUGAUGAGGGACUACUUUUAGCCGACUAUGUAACAUGGAAUGGUGCAAAUCCAGAAUUUUACAAAGGACAAGGUAAUUUAGCCACUGGACCAGAUAUAUCAUUACGAAGUGAGCCGCUUUAUAAGCCGUAUGGGCCAAAUCCAGAUUUGUGCAAAGGUCCGAAAGCUACUUUAGCUAAGGGAAGCAUAUAUAAUCAACAGAACGCCAGCAGUAGCAAAACGAUUAAUAUCAAAUGCAAUUAAGAAAAUAUAGCGUAUAUCUCUUCCCACUUAAAAUAUAUGUGCCAAAUUUCUAAGUUUUUAUCUAAUAUAAUUUGUGAACAUUUAAACUGAUAAUAAAAAUUUAAUUGAGUCAUAAUACUCAUGUCCUCUA